UUUGGCAACAUGGCGUCCUCAGACGUCCUCCUCCGAAUAUGUGAACAAGAAAUACUCAAAUAUGACCUGGAAGUCAAAGCUCUCAUCCAGGACAUUACUGGGAGCACAGGCCCUCAAAGCAAGCUGACAGAACUGAACACAGAUUUGAAAAAGAGUUUCCACAAUCUCAGGUUGCGGAUUCAGGAUUUUGAGCAGAUGGCUAUGGAGCAGGACAAAGAGUCAGACAAGCAAGCUCUGAUCAGUCAAGUAGAGGGACACAGAAAACAGAUGCUGAGUAACCAGACAGGUUGGAGGAAAGCCAACAUGGCCAGCAAACUGUCCAUAGACAAUAUGGAAAAGCAGGCACUUCUUAAUGGAGCAGAUAGUGGUGUGAGGCAGAGGAAGAUGACCAAGGAGGACCUGGGCCAGGCCACCAGUGACAUUACAGAGAAUCUCAUGAGCAUCAGCCGGAUGAUGGCGCAGCAGGUUCAGCAUAGCGAGGAGACCAUGACGUCACUAGCAACCUCCUCAAGGACAAUCCAAGAGACCAACGAGGAGUUUAAAACCAUGACGGGGACCAUCCAGCUCGGGAGGAAACUCAUCACCAAGUACAACCGCAGAGAGCUCACUGAUAAACUGCUCAUCUUCCUGGCGCUCGCCCUCUUCCUCGCCACAGUGCUCUACAUCCUCAAGAAGAGGCUUUUCCCCUUCCUAUAGACCAGGUACCUUCCUGGGGAGCUCUCCUAUUACAACAUGCUGUACUUUCCAUGGUAGUGCAAAGGAUUUAAACAACCCCGACUGCUGCGUGUCGUAUUACACACACCAGUGUCUGCCCGGUGGAAUGUGGACCGCUCAUUCUGCUGAACUAGGGUGACAUAUUGUCCACAAAGGGUGAAGAUAAAACAAUAGUUCCGUGCAGUGUUGUAUUUAUCGAGAAGGUUUUGGUUCAACUUACAAAGAGGAAUCAUUCGUUUUCGUGGAAAAAAGAAAACCUACACAAAAUGUGUCAGACAUCCAUCUUUGGUUAGUGUGACAGUGAUGCUGCGCAUCACUUUUAAUUAAAUCAAUUAUGAGAGGAGAUGGACGACCCAUAAUGAUCAUUUCUUUUUUACAUUCCUGUGGAAGAUAUCCAGUACGGUUUUGUUUUCAUUAAUAUGUAUUCCCAUAUCAAAGGUGUGCGUGUGUGUAAAACAGCACUUGAUUCUUAAGUACUGGAAUUAAUUCUCAGACUCCUAAAAUAUUCUCUCACCUUACUUGAAUGAUGAAGAAUGAACUGUGUUGUCAUGGCUGCAUAUAAUGUACUGAAUGCAGAAAAACUCAUCAGAUGAAAAGAAAGAAUAAUAAUGUGAAUAGAUGAUCACAAAACAAGUGCUUCUCAUUUAAGCAAUGCUAUUGUAGUAUACCAUACUUUUAAUUAUCAAUCAACUGCUGUUAAAUUUCACAAUAUUAAGGACGUAUAUUAUGGGAAAAAUAUUAGGACACAGAAACAGUGGCCUCCUUCAUAUAUUCCUCACUAACAGAUGUUUUAACCAAACUGUUUUUUGUGCAUGAUGUACAAGCACUAUGUUUAAUUGAUAUUUAUAAGGUUUAGUUUGAGGUAUAAUUUAUGACAGUAUUAUAGUGAAUUAAUGCUACUUAUUACAAAUACAGUAAUUUAAAGGACUUAACUUAACUUUGAAUACAAGCCAUACUGUAGUCUUGGUGUGUGUUUCACCAGCUGGAUAAUCAGAACAGUGUUUUUUUAUUGUGUAUGUUCACUUUCCAUUGUCUCCAUGUUUUAUGCAACAAAAAAAAGAAAAGAGAAAAAAAGAAGAAGAAAAAAAACGAGUUUGCACACCUCCCUCCAUCUCCGUCCGUGUCAGCUUGGCUCUGGUCUGCAGCGGAGCAGAAAAAGCUCAGAAAAGCAGCCGUGUUCAUCACACUGGCAGAGCUAGAGCAGCAUGCAUCCCUGCCUUUCUUCAGAUAAGACCCGGAAAAGCAGAUUAUUCCGACCCGUUUCCCCUCUCCCUUUCCAGUGUGGGUGGAGGGUGAGGGGGGAUAUUUUUAGGUUUGUGUGGUGCCGUUAUCUGACGUUGCCUUUUCAACACCUCGGAGGAGAGGGUGGCCAGAGGAGCUACAUGACCUUGCUACCCUCUCUGCAAUUGC